AUGUUGGUUCGUCAACGCAUCGCCGCUGCAACCGCAGCCACAUCUCCGUCAGCAAUGCAGCUCUCACAUCUGUCUCGAAGGAGCAUCCUCUCAACCAGCACAGCAGCCACCGCCGCGGCGACGUCGCGGUCGUCGAUAUCUUCUCCUCUACGACAACCACAACUCCUUCUUUCACAACGUUCUUUUUCUUCUUCAUCUCGCCGCAGCUAUGCCUCUGAAUCAACUCCGCCACAACCUAAGAAGAAACGUGCUGGCUUCUUCCGAUGGACCUAUCGUCUAACCCUGCUUAGCGCCCUUGGCUUCACUGGUUAUCUUGGUUAUGGCAUUUACCUUUUGCGCCAUCCCGCCGAGCAGAUCGAGCCUGAUCCGUCUAAGAAGACGUUGGUUAUUCUUGGAAGCGGAUGGGGUUCUGUAUCGUUGCUCAAAAAGCUCGACACCGAAAACUACAAUGUCGUCGUGAUUUCGCCGCGUAACUUCUUCCUCUUCACCCCGCUGCUGCCCUCGUGCACCACUGGUCUGAUUGAGCAUCGCUCCAUUAUGGAGCCGAUCCGCAAUAUCCUGCGUCACAAGAAGGCUACCGUCAAGUACUAUGAAGCCGAGGCUACCAAGAUCGAUUACGAGAAGCGCUUGGUGUAUAUCAGUGAUGAUUCGGAGAUCAAGGGUGAUGUCUCGCAUACCGUCGUGCCGUUCGACAUGUUGGUUGUGGGUGUUGGUGCUGAGAACGCGACAUUUGGCAUCCCCGGUGUUCGUGAACAUUCCUGCUUCCUGAAGGAAGUCGGUGACGCCCAGAAGAUCCGCAAGCGUAUUAUGGACUGCGUCGAGACCGCUACCUUUAAGGAUCAGACUGAGGAGGAAGUCAAGCGUCUUCUGCACAUGGUUGUUGUUGGCGGUGGUCCUACCGGUGUUGAAUUCGCUGGUGAGCUCCAAGACUUCUUCGAGGAUGACUUGCGCAAGUGGAUUCCAGACAUUCAGGACAACUUCCAUGUGACUCUUGUCGAGGCUUUGCCAAAUCUGACCAGACAGAUUCUUCCCAUGUUCUCCAAACAACUGAUCGAGUACACGGAAUCCAGCUUCAAAGAAGAGAAAAUCACCAUCCGCACCAAGACCAUGGUCAAGAACGUCACCGACAAGUACAUUGAAGCCGAGGUCACCAAGCCCGAUGGCACCAAGGAGAUGGAGAAGAUCCCCUACGGUCUGCUGGUCUGGGCCACCGGUAACGCUGUGCGUAACGUGGUGCGCGACCUCAUGAGCCAGAUCCCCGCGCAGAAGAACUCCCGCCGCGGUCUUGCCGUGAACGAAUUCCUCGUCGUCAACGGCACCGAAAAUAUCUGGGCAGUUGGCGACUGUGCCAUUACCAACUACGCACCCACUGCUCAGGUUGCCAGCCAAGAAGGUGCUUUCCUUGCGCGCCUCUUCAACACCAUGGCCAAGACAGAAGAUCUAGAGUCUGAGCUCAAGAGACUGUCCAUCGCGCAGCAAGAGGCCAAGACCGAAGAAGACCGCAACCAGAUCUUUGAUGAAAUCAAAGAACGCCAGCGCCAGCUCCGCCGCACCAAACAGAUUGGCCCCUUCCAGUACUCGCACCAGGGCAGUCUUGCGUAUAUCGGCAAGGAGCGAGCUGUGGCCGAUAUCACCUGGUGGAGCGGUAACAUUGCCAGUGGUGGUACCAUGACAUAUCUAUUCUGGCGAAGCGCGUAUUUGAGCAUGGUUUUUAGCGCCCGUAACCGAGUCCUCGUUGCUACCGACUGGAUCAAGGCAAAGGUUUUUGGCCGUGACGUGUCGCGAGAGUAG